AGAAGAGUUAUGGAAACACUUACAUAGCCAGACCUCACCCCCCCCCACCCACUGCAGCUUUUGGCUGUUCUGACUAUUUUUUUGGAGAGAGGACCCUUGAAAUUUGACUACGAUGAGCCAAAUCCAUCUCUUUUCUCUCCUGCCUGCUCUGCUAUCCCUCUGAAAGCUGGAUGUGCAUUGUAGUCUCCUUUAACAUCUGCUUGGCUGGGGAAUGCUAUUCAGUGGAAAGUUCAGCUCUCCUCUGUCAAAGUCCCAAGCAUGAGGGACUGGGGCUGAUGUCCAGUUCCCCGCAUCCCGGUGCAGCGUUUUCUGAGGGCAGUAUUUCACUAACAAAGGGAUCGUUUGUGCAAAGGACAAUCUAACCCCUGCUGUUCUUCCUGAAGGCACUGUGUUGCUGAUGGCUUAGGAAUCAUUCCCUGUGCUGGGUGAGGUUUGAGGCUGGGGUGAGGAGGGGAGCUGGAUAUGCCCCUGUCCUUCCAUCCAAAGGCGCAGUCCCCUGGUGAUGGCAGGUGGGUAGCGGUGGCCGUGAGCUCAGCCGGUAAGGUUAGCAGUUCUGCAGCAUUUCUGGGGCUGGCCUUGCUAGAAACCCUUAGGACGGAGGGAUAGGAUCGCCUCUGUGUGUGCUUCUCUAACCUGUGUGCAUGCUGCAUUGCGGUUUAGGGACACAGGAUGAUUAGUCCCUUUGCUGGUAGCUGAGCUGGAUCUUUGCUCUCUAGCUGAGCCUUUUGCAAAUUGCUGUUGUUUAGAAGAUAAAAAUAGCCCUGGAGGGGAGGGACGUGUGAAACAAUUCUGCACGUCUCUGAACUAGACAGAGGUCUGGUGUGACAUGGCUCUUUUUACAGAGCUGAAAGAAAUUGCAGCGGGCCUGCAACUGGAUCAGGAAAGGGUGUAAAUCGGUCCCUGGCCAUUCCAGACUGUGUUCACAUCUUGAAUAAUCCCCACUGCCUCAGUGGCGAGGUGCUCCAGUCCUGCAGUGGGAAAUCAGGGUCCUUUGUCUUUGGGCUGGAAGGGCUUUAAGCAGGCUUUGUAACACCCUUUAAACUUGGAACUUGGCGGAUGGGACAUUUUAUUCAGCUGUUCUCAUCAGUUUCGCUUUGCUAGGGAAGCAGUUGCGUUGUUUCUAAUUGCUUGGGAUGUGCUUUUUCCACCAAUGAAGUUUUGCAAGGAGCUGGGCCAGGGGCCCCCAAAGAGCAGCCCAGAGGGCUUAAAUUGUUUUGGCGACAGCCAAGACGGACAAGAUGGCAGCAGAUGUAUGGAGGAAUGGAAAGCAGAUGCUUGGGGAGCACCUGGUGUGGUUCCUGAAGCGCAUGAGCAGCAGUGCUGAGCACCCAGCUCCUGUAUUUUCAUUGAGCCUGGAGUCCGCAUCAGUUCAGAAGAGCAGCUCAGAGCAUGUGAUGACACUCCUGUUUUCUGUUUGAACUAUUGCUGUAAAAAGAGUCUCACGGGUUAGCUCUACUCUGCUCAGGUAGCACUGACAGUAUGACUUACCUCUGCAGAGUCCUCAAUGUUCUGGAUCACAAUAAUAAGUUCAUCUGCAACUAAUUUUGACACUACUUUUGAGUCUAAGAAGGUUGCUCUGGAUUUCAGGCAGUUACACAUAUCAGGCACACUGCAGUCCCAAAGCAAAACUGACAGGGGAGCAGAGAGCAUCAAAGUUUACAUCCCAGCCUUCUCUCAGUUGAAGUUCUGAGUCUUAUUCUUAAUCCUACUUGCACACAGUUCAUCUAAGUUCAGUUAUUACAAGGUCUGCAGCAUGGUUACGUAUCAGUAGGGGAUAAACCUUGGCUUCGGAUCUAACAGUCACUUUCCUCAGCUUGUCUGGACAUCCUCUGUCUUUUACUUUUAGAUUACUGUAGAAAGCAGUGAUCUGUUACUCCAGCCUCUGACGGCUGCAGAACUUCCUAAUAUAUUAGUUGCGUCUCUGUGGGUAACGCCUGCAGAGGUGUGUUUUAUUUUACUAGCUGCAAAAGUCUGGGAGAACCAGAAGACUGGCUGGCCAGGCACAGAGAGCACACCAUUGCUGAUUGCCGUGGUUGUCAUAGCCCUGCUGCACCACGCUGCUAUGCUGUAACUUCUAAGCACUGCUGGGUAUUUCAAGUGGUACUGUAGUUCAAACUCUGCUGCCUAGAGCUGUUUAAGGUACAGUUUGUGAGCAACAGCUGAACUCCAUUUUUUGGCAAACAUAGGAACGGUGUCUCCCCUUCAAGAAGGGGCUGUGUUUGGGUACUUCGCACAGAACUGCAGGAGGGUGAGGAUUCUUAACCCAUUCCCGAGUUGUACACAUUUUCUGAUAGCUAGGGAGGAAACUGAAGUGAACUGAUCUAACUUGAACUUGAAGCUGCCACAGGCUGGCACUUGGUGGUGUUCAUUGUGCACCUGGGGAGGAGCAAUCUGGUAAGUGUAUCUCCCAGAGUCAGAGGAGAGUGGCUUUUUCAAACUUCCCCCCUUAGAAUACGUGCGCGCGUGUGUGAGAGUGCAAGAGUCGCUGUGAGAGAGGUUUCAGUGUGAACUGAAUGGGUAAUCCCUCAGCCAGGUUGGAGUAAUUGCAGAGCUUAUGAUGAAAAGAGCUAGCACCUCCCUGCGGAAAGGAGAUAAAAGGGGCUCGAGGUGUCUGUGGGCUUUAAGUGUUGCACAUCACUUUGAAAUGAAGUGAAAUACCUCUGCUGCAUAGAGAUCAUCACUUCUCCCACAAGCAGGGAGCUCGCAUAGCCUUCCCCUUGGACUGCGGGAUCCAAGAACUGCAGGUGUGGGACAUCCAGAGCGGGACAAUCCCUGUAGCCACACCGUCUCCUGCUUGUGACUCCUUUGGCAAUAGGACACCGUUUUGCUGCAAAUAUUUCUCAUCCUCAGAGGCAUUCAGCUUGCUUUAAAAUAUGCAAAUAGAAAAUGGCAUGAAGGAAUUUGCAGCGAGAGAACUUGUGCGGCUGUCUCCUCCCCAUUAACCUUCAGGGACACACACGUCCGCUACUGGAAGGGAAGGAUGCAGGUGACAAGUUGAGAAGCCUGAUCAUCAGAAACGUUGAAAUGCUUUACACUUGUUCCUAAACUGGAAGCUGACUCGGACCACCAUGCUCCACCUAACCUGCCACCUGCUCCUGCUCCAAAGGAUCCUUUUUUCUUUUAAUUUUUUUUUUUUAAACAACACUGAAAAAACUGGAGACUACCAUGUGCGUUCCUCUGCCCCAGGUAUGUUCCCUGCCCCUGCCACGCGCUCCUUCCUCAGUCUGAGCAGGGCUCCAGGCUUGGCUCUCAACUUCUCAGCAUCCUGGCUCUGAUGGGGCAGCACGCCUCCAGCGUGGGCUCUGAGAGCACCUUCCUUUUGCACCCUUAGGUCUGACUGUUGUGGCUGAUGCAGUCAGUGUUUGUGCUGAGGCACGGCACUAGCAGCUCUCCGUGGUGAGAGAUGGCAGGAGAGGAGCCCCAGCUUUCCUGCUGCAGGCUUGGGGGAGGAGAGGAGGAGACGACCGUGUGGCUAAAGACUAGGAGGGAAGUGUGGGGAUGGAGAUGGAGCUCUGCAGGAAUAGGGGCAGCACUGCUAACAGGGUUAUUUGGUGUACUUGGCUCACAAGGAUGAAAGUUACUGUGAGGACAUCAGAAGUGCCAAGAGGUCAUCAAGUAAUGCCUGCAGCGAUGGGUGGGUCCGUUGGUGCCCACCUUUAUCUUGCACUGGGGGCACAGGGUGAGAGGUCUGAACUGCAGUGACCAAGAGAAGGACUUGGCUGGGUCUCCCAGUGGCAUGCAUGAUGCACUGACGUGCUGAGCCUUGCCCUGCUGCUGUUCCCCCAGGAGCAAUAACGGCUUCCCAGAAGGAAGGGGAACAGCAGGAGACCCAGCUGUCCCUGGAGAGGUCUCCAUAUGAAAUCCCUCCUUCUUCCUGCCAGCAAAUCCCACGGGACUGAUUGGCAUGAGGGCCACGGUCUUUGUCCCCACAUUUAAUACCAAAACAGAAGCGGCAGGUCCCAGGGCCACGUUCCUUCUGCCCAUCCCCAGCUGUGGGCUGGGAGGGGUGGUUGCCUGCUGAGGCUGAGAUUUGGUUCCCCUCCUUUCCCCCUCACUCCUGUCUUUUAAUGAGCUGUAGCCUAACUCCUGGCACGUUCCCAGAGCUUCUCUCCCAUGGUGAGCCUCGAUACACAGCCAGAAUAAAUCAUCCUUUGUCUUGUCAGAAAAUUCUCCCCGUGACUUUGUGCUUGUUCCCAAAGACCGCUGGGCUUCCCUGCUUGUCCCGUGGAUAUCCCACAGGAGUUGUCACCACUGGUUAAUCCUCGGUGACGUUAAACUGAUACUCCGAAAAUCAGAGGGAUGCUGAUGUGCAUGGAUGUACGAGCCCUUAAUGUAUGGCAACCGACUGCUGGAUGGGUCCCUUUUGUAGUGGCUGGUCCCCCCAAAAGUUGUCCUGCGCUACAUCCCUGCUCAGACUGAGGGCUGGGGGGGGAAAGGACGUGGCUUCUCCAGAGUUUUCGGUUUGUUAGUCUGCUAUAUUUGUUAUCUGGAUUCUUAAGUAAUGAGUGCUUUGAAUUUUGUGAUUAUGUUACGGUGAUGUGUAGUUAAUGUACUAAUGUUCACUUGAGCUAGGGUCAUGGUAACAGUGUGGUUUGUUUUUUUUUUUUUUAACUGUUCAGAAAAUAACUUAAAUACAAGUACAAAGGUUAAGCUGUGAACCUCUCCUGUUUUCCUUUUGGGAUGAAGGACAGUGUUGGACUGUCCCGGCUGUGCCCUGCACUUGGACAGCACGAACCUCCCUGCCCCAACGCCUGCCUGGGGGCUGCUCCCAGGGCCCGUGCCCAUGCUCUGGAAGGCAGAAAGAGAGGAAAAAGAAACACCACCGCCACUUUUUCCUAAAACCACAGUAUACUUUUUAAUUAACAAACUCCAUUGAAUGGCUGAUGGCCUCUAGCUGGGGCGAAUGAGUCUGCCCUGUAAGUCAGAGUGGAUGUGACGCAUCAAGCCACAACCAUCUUGCCUAUUAAACUAUAAAGACUUUGUGCUUUUCUGGGUAUUCUUGCAAGAUCCUGGUAGGAGAAGCACAAAUUUGUUUUAUAAGCUAAUCAGAAUCCUGCUGUUCAAUAAUGAGUGAGUAAUUGACAUAUCGCGGCACCGCCAUGCGACACGAUGGCUGGGGAUGCUGAAACGCUGACGAUUCGAACACGAGCACCCUUGGCCUCAGAAUACCUUCCUCUUAAAAACGCUCUGUGGAUGGCAACCUCAGAUCUUCCCAUUUUACUUAACAGCCCCUUUUGAAACAAAGGCGACUGCGGUUUUAAGAUCCCGGCUCCCAGGGUGGGCAGAAAACAAACACGCGCCGCGCGCCCGCUGCCACUCUCCCUGCUGGCUCCAUUCUUGGGAACCAGCAGGGGAUGGAGAUUGCGAACCUCCCGCUUUCUGCGGGGCUGGGAGUCCUGUCACCUCCAAUCCCCGUCUCUCCUUGUGACAGCAUUCCCAGCAGCCGGGUGCUUUGUUCGGCGAGGGUUGGGUUUUUAAUACGUACAUCAUCUCUUUACACUGCUUAAUCCUCUGCUGUUCCUAUCCUGCUCUAUCCCUAGCCAGCCCUUCCUCUCCUUCCCUUUGAUGCCCAAAGACAAGGGUCGUCGAAUCACAGAGUGGUCGGGCUGGAAGGAACCCCAAAAUGGGAGAAUCACAGAAUGGUUGGGUUGUAAGGGACCCCAAAAUGGGAGAAUCACAGAGUGGUCGGGCUGGAAGGGAGCCCAAAGACCAUCCAGUUCCAACCCAUCGGAGUGGGCUGGAGAACUCUUCCCAGCAACUCUGCCUUCACAUCCAGGAACCCAGGACCUGAAGCUCUCUCCUCUCUGAGACAGAAAAGCAAUCUCCAUUGUAAAUUUCCGCAGGAGCAGAGUGAGUACCAGGCAGCUUAUCUUAAAUAGAUUCAGUGCUUAAUUACCCUUUCCUUUUAAAAAUGUGUGCCUUAUUUCCACUUCAAAUGAAGGAGGGAAGUAAUGUUUGCCAUAUCUCCAAAUUAACAGCGUUUGAUCAACCCACGGCUUUAAAAUGAAAUCUUCUGGUGGUGGUUUCGUUUUUUCUUUCUUUUUUUUCCCCAAUUUUAUAUGCACACUUUAAUAAGGUGUUUUGGGGGGAGAGGGAAAUUGGUCAGCGUCAGCAUGCUGGGCUAAUUAAUGGGGUUCUUACACAGAACGCACCGGGUUGGUGGGAGCCUUGUGGCUGCUGGGGAGGUUUGCUGAGCAAACAGCAGCAGUGGGGCUGCUGUGCCAGGGACUGCUGGGAUUGGAGGAGGAAAACCUGGGCGUGGAAGGGCCCUGUGCAGGCACAUGGCCUUCCUGCAGUGGGAGAGCACCCAGAUAAGGAGCUGUCUGCGAGCGGUCCUGCAGGGGUGACAGUGGGAGGGAAUGGGACGGGUUGGGGUCUUGCUGCUGCUUUCCCCCCAGAGCACACAGGGCCAGGGAGCCCCUGCAUGGAGGAGAGGAGGACUGGGGCCAUCGGUAAGUGGCAGCGCUGAGCUCCCUCCCAGCACGGAGCAGCGAGGGUUUCUCGCCAGCACUUGUCCCCAUCACAUCGUGUGCCUCCAAUUAACCCAGCUCCCCAGUGGCCCUUAAUUGUCACCCCAGGCUUCCUCCUCGCCCCCAUCCCUCCUUGCCAUGUGGCCCUCACCCGCGCAUCCGCCAAAGCUCUCCCGACAGCUGCUGGGGAUCAGCGACAGUAACCCAGACUUACUCCUAAAUCCAGGCACCCCUGGCAGCAUCCUUGUCCUUCUGCACUGGGAACAGAGCCCCCAGAGCCCCAGAGCUCUGUGCGGGUCAAUGCCCCAGUGGAGACAUGGGGAAACUGAGGCAGAGAGAGGCGCAGGGGCUCUCGGAGUUGCCUCUUGUCCUUGGAACAUCAUAGCAGGGCUCAGGGAGUCCCAUGUGGAGGGACCUGUCCCGCGGUGGGGCCAGCCAGCCUGGCCUGUCCCUUUUAAGCCUUCAGAGCUGUUGCCAGCCUGGCUUAGUGGGGUCCCCAUCCUUUCGACUGGCUGUUCGGCAAAUUAAGAGCUUGCUAUUAGGCUGCUAAUUAAAGGCACUUCAUUAGCAGCAGGGGAGGCAGCUCCUGGCCGCAGCAAAAUUGGAUUCCUCUGAGCUGCCAUGAGCCGCAUCUAUACUCUCUGGGGCUGGGGGCUGCACCCUGGGGUUGGGGCUCUGCCUCCCCUGGUCUCGACAAGGGCAGAUGCCCCCAUUCAUCGGGACAUGUGGGUCGCAAGCCCUCCUAUCCCCAUCACAGCAGGUGGGCUGUAGCUUCCCCACAGCCCCAUGUAGUGGUGGGGGGCUGAUGGAGGUGCUGGGAGAUGUGGGCCUCCCCUUCAUCCCUCUGCCUCCAGUCCCGAGGAGCCCCAUUGAGGCGGGGAGGGCUCUGGACUCCUCCUCCACCCUCUCUGGAGCCUCCAAUGAGCCCCGGGGACAACACCCAGGCUGCCUUCCCUUCUUUCCCUUCCCCUUCCCUCCUUCCAUCUCAAAAUGGGAGGGAAGAGCCAGGCACUGGGGCUGCUUUCCUCCCCUCCUCCUCAUCCUCCGACCGACGAGAAGGGGACCCCGCAGCCCAGCAGGGACAUCGGUGGGCGCCUCACCUGCCCCCUGCUCUCCGUCACCCUCCUGGUGUCCUUUGGCUCUUCCAUGCUCUAUGGCUACAACCUGGCUGUGGUGAACUCUCCGGCAGCGCACAUAAAGGCCUUCUACAACGCCACGUGGUCCCAGCGCUAUGGGCACGGGCUGCCCCCUGGGUCCCUCACCCUCCUCUACUCCCUGACCAUCUCCAUCUUUGCUCUGGGCGGGCUGGGUGGAUCUUUGCUCGUGGGGACGCUGGUGACACGCUACGGCAGGCAUGGCAUGCUGGGAUGCAGCGCUCUGCUCGUCCUCCUGGCUGGUGGCCUCAUGGCCUUCAGCCGGCAGCUGGCGGCCCCCGAGAUGGUGAUCGUCGGCCGUGCCAUCACCGGGCUGCACUCAGGUAUCUGUCUCAGUGUGGUGCCCCUCUACCUGGGAGAAAUUGCCCCCAAGAACCUGCGGGGAUUCCUUGGCCUUCUGCCCAGCAUCUUCAUCUGCCUGGGGGUGUUCUGUGCGCAGGUGCUGGGGCUGCCCGAGCUGCUGGGCCAGGACAGGUACUGGCCCCUGUUCCUAGCGGUGGUGGCCAUCCCUGCCUCCCUCCAGCUCCUGCUGCUGCACUGCUUCCCCGAGAGCCCGCGGUUCCUGCUGAUAGAGAGGAACGACGUCUGUGGGGCCACUGAGGCGCUGCGCCGGUUUCUGGGGACACCCGACGUGCAGGAGGUGCUGGAGGAGAUGAAGGAGGAGCAGCAGUCCCUCUCCUCGGUGCAGACAGUGUCUGUCCAGCAGCUGCUGCGGGACCGCUCGGUGCGCUGGCAGACCCUCUCAGUGGCGGUGGUGAACGUGGGCAUGCAGCUCUCGGGGAUCGAUGCUAUCUGGUUUUACACCAACACCAUCUUCCAGAACGCGGGGAUCCCCGAAUCCCAGAUCCCAUAUGUCACCGUGGGCACCGGCGCCAUUGAAGUUGUUGCGGGACUGAUUGGGUGCUUCACCAUCGAGAAGCUGGGCCGGCGGCCCCUCAUCAUCACCGGGUUCUGUGCCAUGGGCACCUGCCUGGCGGGCAUCACCGGCUGCCUGCUGCUGCAGACUGCCCUGCCCUGGAUGCGCUACGUCGCCGUUGCCUGCGUGGUGGGCAUCAUCGCUGGGUUCUGCAUGGGGCCAGCUGGUGUCCCUUUCCUGAUGACGGCCGAGCUCUUCACGCAGUCCCACCGCUCUGCUGCCUACGUCCUGGGGGGGUCUCUCAAUUGGCUCUGCAACUUCACCAUCGGCUUCGUCUUCCCUUUCCUGCAGAUGUCAACCGGUGCCUUUUCCUAUUUGGUUUUCUGCGGGGUCUGCCUGCUGGUGGCCCUCUAUGUCUACCUCAUCGUCCCUGAGACCAAGAACAGGACCUUCAUGGAGAUCAGCCAUGUCUUCACCACCUGCCAACCCCUGUCCCCACUGCGCCGCAGGGGGAUGCUGAGGCUCUGUGGCGUGAUGAUGCGCAUGGGAACAGUGGCUGGUCCAUAUGGAUCACUAGUGCCUGGUCCUAACACCAUGGGAGCAGAGAUCACGGCCCCUCAGCACCCUCCACGUCCCCCUCCCGACUCGGCUGCUCUCGGCAGCAGAACAGAGCGGUAAAUAUGUGCUGCAUUACAUAUGUAUAAUGGAGUGUAAAUAACCCCAAAAAGUGCAUUGUAAAUAGACUCCAAGUUUAUCCUUUAUUAAUGAGGCACUGAGUGCCCUGCUGUUUUAGAGCAGCGAGACUUUCAUAAUAUCAAAACCUAAAUUACACUUGUGUCUCUCAUUCCCAGCAAACGACAGCAUCAUUUCAGGCCUCUUUGCCACUGGUAUUUAUUUAUUCUGGUAUUUAUUUAUCUCUCCCUCUCGGCGUGCUGGGCAGCCUGGGAGAUGCCCUGUGCCCUUCCCAUGGGAAGCAGUGACCCCUAGACCCCUGCGUGCCGGUGUGACCCAUGAGCCCUGCUGUUGCCUGAUAGAAUAAUUGAGGUCAAAAAAGACCUCUAACAUCGUUGAGUCCAACCAUCCACUGACCACCAAUACUGCCCACUAAGCUGGGGCCAGGGCACAAGUUGCCCAGGGAGGUGGUGGGUGGAGUCACCCACAGCCACAGAAACACCCAAGGUCAGGCUGGACGGGCUCAGAGCACCUGGUGGAGCUGUAGGUGUCCCUGAUCAGUGCAGGGGAGUGGGACCAGACGGCUUUGAAGGGUCCUUUCCAACUCAAACGAUUUGGUGGUUCUACAGUACUCAUGGGAUGGGGGAGGUAGAGGGCUCCAGUGCCGCCCAUACCCACCAAAAGGGUUCAGCCAUGCUCAGAGGGGACUGAGGAUGAGGAUGACACAGCGAUGCUGAGGAGAAGGCUUUGAAAAAAUCAGAGGUGUUACAAAGAAGUGACUUUGAUACCAUGAGGGUGCUCAUGACCUUGGUAAGGCUUGCGGAAGCAAAGAUGGAGGUGAUCUUCACCGUGUGCCUCCCCAUGGUGUGCCCGGUGCUGAGGGAAGGGGCACUUGGGCAGAGAGGGGAGCAGAGAUUUGUUUCGUUCUAAACCAUAACGUUUCCUUGGAUCCAGCACUCCCCGACCAACCUCUCCAAAAGACGUAUCUUUAAAGGAUGAGCUAUUGGGAAAAUAUAAAUAUAUACUGAAGCGUGUUUCCCUAUAGAAAGAGAAGGAAGGAUCCUGUACGGGCGGAGCGGGUCGGUGCCGGGGCGCUCGGGGCGUGGGGUGCGUGCCGGCAGAUGGCACUGCCGGGAUUUAUGGCUGCAGCAAGCUGCCUCUCGGAGAGCACUCAUGUAGGAGAUGUCCUAUUAUAUGGGCAGUUGACUUUAAUAGUCAUUGUGUGCUUAAAGCACAGCAAA